AUGUCCAAGUACAACAAGCUCGAGGGCACCCGCGUCCUCGUCCUCGGCGGUAGCUCUGGCAUCGGCUACGCCGUCGCUGAGGCCGCCCUGGAAAGCGGCGCCACCGUCUACAUCAGCAGCUCCAGCCCUGCAAAAGUAGACGCCGCCCUCGCCCAGCUCCACGCCCACGCCGGUGUCGUCCGGCGCGAGCCGCUCGCCUACGGCCGCGCCUGCGACCUCGGCGACCCGGCCGCCACCGAGCGCAACCUGACCGCGCUGCUCGACUGGGCCACCGACGACGGGACCAAGCCGCUCAACCACGUCGUCUUCACCGCCGGCGACGCGCUGCCGCAGACGCCGCUCUCCGCGGCGACGGCCGACGGCAUCCUCGCCGGCUUCCACGUGCGCGUCAUCGGCGCGCUGCUGCUCGCCAAGCUGCUGCCGCGCUACACGGCCCGCUCGAACAAGACGUCGUACACGCUGACGGGCGGCAGCCUGGCGGCGCGCCCGGCGCCAGGCAUGGCCCUGGUCACAGGCCUCGCCGCCGCCAUGGAAGGCUACGCGCGCGGCCUCGCCGUCGACUUGGCGCCGAUGCGCGUCAACGUGGUGCAGGCGGGCGCCGUGCGCACCGGCCUGCUGGGGGACGACCCGGAUAUGCUGGCGCUGUUUGCCAAGGACACCAUUACGGGCACGGUGGGACGACCGGAGGAGAUUGCAGAGGCGUACCUGUACCUGAUGAAGGACUCGUUCAUCACGGCGGCGGUGAUUGAGUCGAGCGGGGGCCGCAACGUCGCCGCGAGGCAAGAGGUGUCCGAGUUCAACUAG